AUGCCAUCAUCGCCCUCGUUGCUUCGUGCAGAAUCAUCCUCGAUGGUUUCCGUCGCAUCCUCUAGUUCUACGGAAUUCUCGGCACCAUUCCAGGCUGGAAAGUUCAUGGUUGACUCAGGAUCGCCGAUUACGAUAAUUCCAGCACCGGACGUCAGUCAACCGUCGGUUGACUCUGGAUUGAGAGACGCCAGUGGCAAUAUCAUCCGAACUUACGGGAAGCGUUUGGUCAAUAUUCCAAUUGAUGGAAAAGUCGUGCCGUUCGAAGCUACCUGCUGCAACGUGGUCCGACCGAUCCUAGGCCGCGAUUUCUUCAAAGGUCCAGGGAAAGACAUGUUGCUCGAUUUAUCUCAGGAUAAAAUAGUAAACAGAAUUAACGGUUACCAUGGUUCUCCUCUUGUGUCAGACAAUUCGAAUUCUGUUUGCGCUCUUUCUGGGACUUCACUUAACCCCUACGCGAGAUCGUUCCGGACAACUGCGAGUUUGGAUGCCGCUAGAAAAGAGGCAACACGUUUAGUUAAAAUCUUCGAUGAGUCACAAGGACCUGAUGAUG